CAGGAAUGUAGAGAAGAUUUUCUUCUUCCUCGUAGAUCAUUAUACGUUAUGAGUGGUACAGCAAGACAAAUAUAUAAUCAUGAAAUUUUAAAAUCUGAAGAAUCCUAUUUUCAAGGACACAGAAUACCUAGAAAUAGGCGUGUAUCUAUAAUAUGCAGAAGUGAGGUAGACAAAAAACCAGAAGAUAUAAAAAUUGAUUAAAUAAUAUAUCAUAUGGAUCGUCAAUGGUAUCAAUUAUUUGAAAUGAUUAUGAUUAUCAUAAUAUCUAUAAACUGGGCAGCAUGUCUUGAAUAUUUUAUACCAUUGACGGUGUCCAAUAUUUAUGGAAGAAACAGAGGGUCAUGGGUUGAUUCCCCUGCAUUAAAGGAAAGAACAACAAAUUAUGGAAAAUAUUUAAUUUGUUUGAACAGAGCUAUUAUUGCUCUAGUUUGUUCAGCUCAUUAUUUAGACACGAAAACGCCAGACGAUAUUUUAUUAAAUAUUGUAUUAUCAAUCAUUGGUAUUCUUGGCUUUAUUUAUGUUUUAGCACAACUUAUGCAGUUUAUAAUAACAUUGCAUUCGGCCACCAAAAAACACUAUAAACAUAUUCAACAAUUACAAGAAUAUAUGAGGUAUAAGGAAUUACCGUAUGCCUUACAAUGCCGUCUAUUAGAAUAUUUUAAUUAUUAUAACAAAAAAAAUUUAGAUAGACAUCAACGUAUAAUCAAUCAAGUUUCCUCUUAUCUGCAAGAGGUUCGAAUAGAUAUUAUAUUUGUAAUAUAUCCAAAUAGAAUUUAUGAAAACGAACGAACCCUUUUAUUCUUUCAGGAACUUAUUUUGCACACUUACAGGAAAUUUAUUAGUAAUGUGCCAUUAUGUCAACAUAUUCCAAAAUCAGUUGUCUCUCAAUUAACAAAUAUGUUACACUCUGUAAUUUAUUUAGAAAAUGACAUAAUAGUCAAAGCUGGCGAAGAAGAAGAUGGACUCUAUUUUAUCGCAUCUGGCACAGUUGCGGUUUAUACCAACUUAUGGAAAGAGGUUUAUCAUUUAGGAGAUGGAGCGUAUUUUGGAGACUUAGCUUUAUUCGUGAAAAGUAUGCAUCAUACUGCUAAUAUCAUUGCCAUAGAAACUUGUGAGAUUUAUAUAUUAUACAGAGUGAAUUUUCAAACCAUUAUGGAAUCUCAUCCAGAUUUAUUUAAUAUUUUAUAUAAUGCAGUGUUAAAGUUUGUGAAAAAACUUGAAUCCUAAAAUAGCUUCGAUUAAAGGUUCCAAUUUUUUUGUUAUAACUAAUUUAAAUAGUAGUUAACUAAUAGAUCAUUAAUUAUAUCAGGCCUAAUAUUUUGCGCAUUUUGUUU